CUUUUGUCUUGUCAUUUGCAUUUCAACAGAUGCUCAACUUUGCCGACUUCCUUUCUUACCUAAGCUACAUCAGUUCUUUAUCUGCAUCAAACACUAACACUUCUCCUCUCUCACCCUACAAAAUUAUCAUAAGUUCGAAGUUUCAUAUCUACCGCAAACACUGGGAGCUCUUUUUCACUAGAAAAUCAGAGAAUAUGUUUAAGAUUGGAUUAAGGAGCAACUGCAUUUCAAGAGCUUUUCUCACUAAAAGUUCUAUCAGGAAAUUUUCUACAAGAAAGUUAGAAGGCAAAAUAGCAUUAAUCACCGGCGCAGCAAGUGGUAUUGGAAAAGAAACAGCAAAAAAAUUCAUAAACAAUGGGGCAAAAGUAGUUAUUGCUGAUAUUCAGACAAAACUGGGCCAAGAAACAGCCACGGAACUUGGAACCUCCCAUGCCAGCUUCAUUUCAUGUGAUGUCUCAAAAGAAUCAGACAUUGCACAUGCAGUGGAUUAUGCCGUUUCGAACUACGGUCAACUUGAUAUCAUGUUUAAUAAUGCAGGAAUCGCGUGUCACACUCCACCGACUAUAGUCGACCUUGAUCUUGCCGCAUUUGACCGAGUCAUGUCCAUCAACGUUCGAGGAGUUGUGGCCGGGAUCAAGCAUGCUUCCAGAGUAAUGAUUCCCCAGGGACGUGGUUCGAUUUUGUGCACAUCGAGUAUCACGGGAGUGUUGGGAGGGUUGGCACAGCACACGUAUUCAAUAUCCAAGUCGACAGUUGUAGGUAUUAUGAAAUCUGCAGCGGCGGAGCUGUGCAGGUAUGGUAUUAGAAUCAACUGUAUAUCUCCCUUUGCCAUUCCGACUCCGUUUGUGAUUGAAGAAAUGAGAGUGUACUUUCCCGGGGUCGAUGAUCAGGGGCUCGCAAAAAUGAUACAUGAUAAUGGUGUGUUGAAGGGAACCAUUUGUGAACCAGAAGAUAUAGCUAAUGCUGCUCUUUAUCUAGCAUCUGAUGAUGCCAAAUAUGUUAGUGGGCAUAAUCUUGUAGUAGAUGGUGGUUUUACUUCAAUUAAGAAUUUGAGUUUUCCCGUAUCAAAUGAAUUCAAAAGUGAAGAAUGAGGAAGACCGUGUUAUUUGAUGCACAAUCUUUCACCUUUAGAUUACAUUUAUGACAUAUUUGAUACAUUAAAUUCGAUA